UGCCGGGCGCCUGGGAACGUUCGCCGCGGGGGCGGCUCCGGGGCCUGAGCGGGCGCUGCCGUCGCCUCAGCUGUGGGGUCCGGGCCGGAAUAGGCGGAGGAGGCUGCGGCCGCUGGAGACCUUCUGGACGCCCCCAGCUCCGGCCGGGAAGUUGACUCUUUACUACAUCUGCAUGUCUGAUGAUAUACACCAGGAUGAUUGAGGAAAGCGGGAACAAGCGGAAGACCAUGGCUGAGAAGAGGCAGCUGUUCAUAGAAAUGCGUGCUCAGAAUUUUGAUGUCAUACGACUAUCAACUUAUAGAACAGCUUGCAAAUUACGAUUUGUACAAAAACGAUGCAACCUCCAUCUUGUUGAUAUCUGGAACAUGAUUGAAGCCUUUCGAGACAAUGGCCUUAAUACACUGGACCACACCACUGAGAUCAGCGUAUCCCGCCUCGAAACUGUCAUCUCAUCCAUCUGCUACCAGCUGAACAAGCGCCUUCCUUCUACUCACCAAAUCAACGUGGAACAGUCCAUCAGCCUCCUCCUCAACUUUAUGAUUGCUGCAUACGACAGUGAGGGCCGAGGCAAGUUGACGGUAUUUUCAGUUAAAGCUAUGUUAGCAACCAUGUGUGGUGGAAAAAUGCUGGACAAAUUGAGAUAUGUUUUCUCCCAGAUGUCAGAUUCCAAUGGCUUAAUGAUAUUUAGCAAGUUUGACCAGUUUCUGAAGGAAGUUCUGAAGCUCCCAACAGCUGUCUUUGAAGGGCCAUCUUUUGGUUACACAGAGCACUCAGUCCGCACCUGUUUUCCCCAGCAGAAAAAGAUAAUGCUAAAUAUGUUUUUAGACACAAUGAUGGCCGAUCCUCCUCCCCAGUGCCUUGUCUGGCUACCUCUCAUGCAUAGGCUUGCCCAUGUUGAGAAUGUCUUCCAUCCCGUGGAGUGCUCCUAUUGCCGGUGUGAGAGUAUGAUGGGUUUCCGGUACCGAUGCCAGCAGUGCCACAACUACCAGCUCUGCCAAAAUUGCUUUUGGCGUGGCCAUGCCAGUGGCCCUCACAGCAACCAACACCAGAUGAAGGAGCAUUCCUCUUGGAAAUCCCCUGCAAAGAAGCUGAGCCAUGCCAUUAGUAAAUCUUUGGGGUGCGUACCCACCAGAGAACCCCCGCAUCCUGUUUUUCCUGAUCAACCAGAGAAACCACUUGACCUUGCAAAUAUAGUUCCUCCUCGCCCUCUGACCAAUAUGAAUGACACCAUGGUGAGCCACAUGUCCUCCGGGGUGCCCACUCCCACCAAGAGGUUACAGUAUAGCCAGGAUAGACCCAGUCACUUGGCCGAUGAGCAUGCGCUGAUAGCAUCCUAUGUGGCCCGUCUGCAGCACUGUGCACGUGUCCUGGACAGUCCUAGCCGACUGGAUGAGGAACACCGGCUUAUAGCUCGCUAUGCUGCCCGGCUGGCUGCAGAGGCAGGAAACAUGACCCGACCUCCCACUGACUUGAGCUUUAACUUUGAUGCCAACAAACAACAAAGACAGCUUAUUGCAGAACUGGAAAACAAAAACAGAGAAAUCCUGCAGGAGAUUCAGCGUCUCCGUCUGGAGCAUGAGCAGGCCUCCCAGCCCACCCCUGAGAAGGCCCAGCAGAACCCCACAUUGCUGGCAGAGCUGCGGCUGCUGAGGCAAAGGAAAGAUGAACUGGAGCAGAGAAUGUCAGCGCUGCAGGAGAGCAGGCGGGAGCUGAUGGCUCAGCUGGAAGGGCUGAUGAGGCUAUUGAAGGCUCAGGCCACAGGAUCGCCACAUACAUCGCCCACUCACGGAGGUGGCCGCUCAAUGCCCAUGCCCGUCCGCUCAACAUCUGCAGGCUCCACCCCCACCCACUGUCCACAGGACCCACUCAGCGGAGUCGGGGGAGACAUGCAGGAGGCCUUUGCACAAGGUACGAGGAGAAACCUCCGCAAUGACCUGCUGGUGGCCGCUGACUCCAUCACCAACACCAUGUCAUCCCUGGUGAAGGAGCUCCACUCAGGAACACACUGGAUGUCUUCUCCCAGAGAGCCUGUCUCCCACGUGUGAUCACGUAGAGAUAAUUACACAUUUAGGUUUAUCUUAAGAAUAUGCCUUGCGGAGCAAACAUAAUUCAGAAUUUAAAGACAUUCAGAUCUUUAAGUACAGUUAGGCCCCUUCGUCACUCCUAAUUUGCCUUUCCACUGCACUCCAUCCACAGCUGCUCUUUUCUAGGCCUGACCAACUGCCUUAUUCUGAAGCUUUCCUAGAUGACUGGAACCGAAUCAGCCACAAAAGCUUCUGGACUUUCUCCCAGCUGCCUGUCUGCUCUCUCCUAUUUGAUUUGGUUUUGAAACUCUGUUCCCUCUUUUUGUCCUUGCUGAGGUUCUGAUUUCACUUGAAGUUCAUGACCUGAGUCUGUUGCUUCCUUCACUCCUCAUGUUCAGUCUUAUCUGUUUCUUCUUUCUCAGUCUCUCCAUCCCUUAGCUAUUUCAGUGAUUUUCCAGAGACCCUUACCUCAUGGCGUUUUUCCCCUUACAUAAAACCCAGGAAAGAGAAAAAAUAGAAGGCCAUUCAUAUAUCUUCAUAUCUUCAAGAAUCCCCAUGACUACAUCAGUCAUGUAGCUGCCAGAUAGUUACUAAUUUUUUUUUUUACAGUGGUUGGAUUCACAUGUUUUAUCUUAAACAAACAGAUUCCUUUCCUAAGUGCUUUGGGUCAGUCAUACAGAUGGCCCUCUUUUUUUCUUUUCACCUAAUGUAGUGCUUUUAAAUACUUUACAGUAGCUUAACAAGGUUAUUAAAUAAAAAUAUAAAACAGUU